CAAACAGAAAAGAGAAAAGACACUCCGACAUAACUCAACGAAGUUCAUAUUUGUCACGAGAAUAUAGAAGAGGUGUUUGGGGAAGAAGAAAAUGAAGGAAUUUUCGAGCGAACAAUAGAUUCGGAAACUGGACAUAACAAAACCAUAAUCUCAUUCACUUUUUCCUCUCUUGAUUCUAAAAUCACCCAGUUUAGGGACUUGGAUUUGCUUGUUUCGAAAUCAACCAGUUUAGCAAUUUUGAAAAUUUGAAGGGACUUGAAAGUGCUUGAUAAAAAGGAGUUAAUUUGAUCGAGCCAAUCUUACGAAUAUGGCAAUGGCUGCUUCUUCUUUGUUUACAUGCUCAUUCCGAGAGGGAAUGUGCUCUCCAGAAACAAAGACAUCCUACAAGAAUCUCAUGUGCAAUUAUGUAAAUCUUACACGCAAACAAUUGGGUUGUUACGGGUCAAUGUAUCUCAGACAUCCAAGAUUCUUACACGAUGAGGAAUCGAUGAAAUUGGAACAACCAGGGAGAGACUCAAAAAGGAAUGGAAUUCUCUGCCGGGCAGUGAAAACGGAUAAUCCACCUUUUACAGUGGGGAAGAAGUUUGAACUUGAUGAUGUGAUUGAAGCUCAACAGUUUGAUAGAGAUAUUCUUAAUGCUAUUUUCGAAGUUGCACAAGAUAUGGAGAAGAUUAAAAAGAAUUCAUCAGGAAGCCAAAUUCUGAAAGGUUAUCUGAUGGCUACCCUCUUUUAUGAACCCUCUACUAGGACAAGGCUUUCCUUCGAGUCUGCCAUGAAACGGUUAGGUGGGGAAGUCUUAACAACUGAAAAUGCGCGGGAAUUUUCCUCGGCAGCUAAAGGAGAAACGCUUGAAGAUACUAUAAGAACCGUUGAGGGUUACUCGGACAUAAUUGUUAUGCGGCACUUUGAGAGUGGAGCUGCUAAAAAAGCUGCAGCCACUGCUGGUAUUCCUGUCAUCAAUGCUGGAGAUGGUCCUGGGCAACAUCCAACUCAAGCUCUUUUAGAUGUUUAUACCAUUGAAAGAGAGAUAGGAAAAUUGGAUGGCAUCAAAGUUGGGCUUGUAGGGGAUCUUGCUAAUGGCAGGACAGUGCGCUCCCUUGCUUACUUACUUGCCAAGUAUAAAGACGUGAAGAUCUACUUCGUCUCUCCUGAAGUGGUGAAUAUGAAGGAUGACAUAAAAGAUUAUUUGACAUCCAUGGGGAUUGAGUGGGAAGAAAGUGCAGAUUUAAUCGAUGUGGCUAACAAGUGUGAUGUUGUCUAUCAAACUCGCAUCCAACGCGAACGGUUUGGAGAAAGAAUCGAUCUUUAUGAAGAAGCUCGAGGCAAGUACAUUGUGGAUCGUCGCAUACUGGAGGUGAUGCCAAAGCAUGCUGUCGUCAUGCACCCUCUACCGAGGCUUGAUGAAAUAACUGUUGAUGUCGAUGUGGAUCCGAGAGCGGCCUAUUUUAGACAAGCAAAGAACGGCCUCUAUAUCAGAAUGGCUCUUUUGAAACUCCUCCUCCUUGGAUGGUGAGGCAUGCAAUGCUCUUUACCUCUAACAUUUGAUAUUUGAGCUGGGCUUGAUCUGAUUGUUUGAGCUUGUUCUGAUUGCGAAAACUGCGAGAAUUGGUGAUUUAGAAGGAUCCUUAAUUAUCAAUAAUUUUUGUUUGUAAUUCUUCCGUAAACAGAAUGCUGGCAUGAAAGAACACUUACUUAAACGAAAAAAAUUCUUACCAUUACCGAAUGAAAUUAUGGCAUGAAAAUUUUCAACA